UUGACCCAUGUUCAUACAUCGCAGCAGAGCAGAAGCAACAUCUUGCAGUCACCACACCGCACACGAGAGAAUGCUAUCUCUCACUAGUACAACCGCUAGCUCCAGCCAUGACUUCCAGCGCGAGCAUGUUGGCCAUGAUCAUGGCGUGCGCGCUCCUCCUCGCCGACAGCACAUGCGACGCUGCCCGCAACCUGGCCGACACGACGCCGGCGGCUGCUGCUCCGGCUGCUAGCGCCAUCCCUGGCCUGCCGGCCGUGCCGACCUUGCCUGCCGUGCCCACGGACACGGUCACCCUGAUGCCACCCAUGCCGUCGGUCACCCUGCCCACCGUGCCGCAGGUGACGCUGCCGCCCAUGCCCUCCAUCGUCGUCCCCAAGGCGGUCCUGCCGCCCAUGCCCAAGGUCACCCUCCCCACCGUGCCCCAGGGGACGAUGGCGCCGAUGCCCGCCAUUGUCGUGCCCAAGGUGACGCUGCCGCCAUUGCCAUUCGUCCCGAGUGUGAACGUGCCUAUGCCGUUCGCGGCACCGCCCCCGUCAGCGUAGGCGCGCCCACGCGGCGGUGCGCUCGUCCUGUCCACGAUAGGGCGCCGUUCAUCUGAGUGUGGCGCCAGGUCACUCACUGGACACGACGUGCAUUUUCUUACAUGCAAGCUCGGUGUUAGGAGUACGAUGCAGUGGUUCCUAGGUCCUACUUUUUCUUUACGUCUCAGUAUAUGUAUUCUUGGUGUUUGACUAUUGAGGGUUGUCCAAUUGUGUGUA